GUAGCGUGUUUGAAGUUAACAGAAUGCAACGCCGCAAACCGCAACCUCGCAACCUCGUUGAUCCAUGACAAGAUUCUAGAAUUCAAGAACUUUGAGACUACUUACUAAACUGUAACACCACUAUAAUAAUCCAUCGGCUGUUGAAGUCUUUGACUAUAUCCUCUUACUAAUUCUCGGCGCAUCGUCGUUAAUCAUCCCCUCGGUUCAAUUACGUCGCUCAAUGUGAGACGAGGCAUGACUUCGUCGCGAUGGGUGCCAGCGACUCCAAGCUAGUCUUCAAGAAGGGGAUCUUUAGGUUAUCAGAGGAGCGACACAUACCUGCCGAUGAUCCCUAUUGGACCUCCUUUUGGGAGCUUCCCGAAUCCUCUGAAGAUAUAUUCAGCCUCUUUUCCCCUGCCGAUAUUCGUCGAACCCGCGAUCGAGCUAUCGAAAACCUAGAAACCCUUAUACUCGCAGUAACAUCUCGACUAUUCAUAUUGCGACAUCACCCCUCUUUCCCUGAUCCCGAAUUCGCACCAGAGCGUGAUGCCCUAAACUGCAUUCGCAUCUUAACCCGUGUCCUGCCGUACCUUUACGAGGUAGAUCACUUACAACGCUGGGAAGAUAAAUUCUUCUGGGGUUCUAGGAGGAAACGAACAAGACGGGCUGUUAUUGCGAACGAAGUUCUUUUCGAUGAAGCCCAGGAAGAUGCAAAGCCACCUGCUGACGAGUUCGAGGAGGCCAAGCCGUUGGCGGAAGAGCUUAUGGACACUCUCAUCGACUUGUUGUUCUUCUCAGACUUAACAGUUCCUAAACAACCCCAUGGCAAGCCAAAGGUCACAUACGCCAUUUGGCAAAGCGGAGUGGGUUGUAACACUGCUGUGCCUACGACUAAGGAAUACGAGAGUAAUCGAUGCGAGAUACUACGUCUGCUCUUGACCUUGACAAGCCAGAGCAUGUACAUGUCCCCUAACAUACUACCAACCAAGGGCACCAAGGCUUUGACAUAUCUCUGCACAUGUCCGGAUAAGCAGGUCGUCUUGUCUGUGUUGUGUUCUCUUCUGAAUACAACUUUAAAAUACAAUCCAGCGAGCUGGCGUGUGCCUUACAACACUUUGAUGUUCAAGGAUCCAAAGGAGAUCCUUGUCACUUACACCCUUCAGUUCUUGCUCGUCGUUCUCCUUUACCCGAUACCUGAGCCUGCCACCGGUUCUGCUCCGAAGAACUACUACCGCCAUUUCCUCGGAAGACUACAUCGUCCUCAAGAUUUCCAGUUCAUUGUCGACGGCAUGACCCGAAUACUGAACCAACCCAUCCAAGCUAAUAUCUCGUAUAUCCCUGGAACACAAUCUACGACUAGAUUCUCUCCCGAGAUCAUCAUGCUCUUUUGGGAGAUUACUCAAUGUAACAAACGAUUCAGGUCUUUCAUGAUCGACACCCAACGAGCCCAUGAUUUUGUUAUACUCAUUUUGUUCUAUGCCACUGAGUACAAGGCAGAUGCUUCGAAGCAAGGCGUCGUGCGGAUGUGUGCGUUCUUGUUACAGACGUUGAGUGUCGAGAAGAACUUUGGUGUUAAUCUCAACAAACAAUUCGAAGGACAAGAUACCCUACCAGCUGUCAUAAGAGUUCCCGGCUUCAAGGGCACAUAUGCCGACUUUCUAAUACAGUCAAUCUACAACCUCAUCACGAGAAGCCAGGGCAAACUUUCAGCUAUAUACCCAGCACUACUUGCUGUAAUCAACAACAUCGCUGCCUACGUGGAAGGCAUCAAUGGUACAACGUGUUCGAAGCUGCUACAACUAUACAACUCGAUGUCGUCCCCUUCGUUUCUUCUUGCCAACGACAGCAACCACGAUCUCCUAAGAUCGCUCUUAGAAUCGAUGAAUGCCAUUAUUGAGCACCAAUAUAAGAAGAACGCCCACUUUGUCUACUUGAUCUUGAAGAACAAGAAAUACUUUGAGGCCCUGCGAUCCUUCACGCUUGAAAGUGGACAGGCAGAACUUGAACGACGGAACCGUCAAAGGAAGGAAAACGGGCAACCGUUAGAUCCAUUCGAUAAUGGCUCCCGGCGAAGUUCGGCCGAAAGUCUGCGUAGCCCUACAGUGACACAGCCAAGAACACCUACACUUAGCAAUGUGCCGGAAGAGGAUACGACAUUUGCCAUUGGCGAUGAAGAGGAUGACAGCGAUGAUGAUGAUGACGACCGACCAACUCCAGCGCAGUCAAGCCCAAGCGAGAACCCCUCCCGGGCUUCUUCUGUUGCCGACGUGGAAGAUGCGGUACCGACACAAUUAAGAGGAAUGUCGGAGAAGGCUCGGGGAAAGAUGCCAGCAGGUGUAGGAACAUUCUCCAGGCAAAAUAGCACCACUAGUCUUGGUAGCUAUUCAGCAGCUGGGCAGUCUAUGGUGGCUAUGUUUGAGCCUUCAGCAGACUGGAUCGAAAGCUGGCUUCCGGAACUUCCCCUCCACACAAUACUCACUGUCAUCCAGCAAUUGACAGCAUUAAUCAAUCGCCAAGGUCUGACGGCGGACGUUCCAUCGUCUGCGACACUGAAGGCCAUCCAGGAAGCCGACUUGGUUGCGGUUGAGCCUUCUCCGGUCAGAGUACAUUCUUUCGAAUGGUCACCGCUUGCGUUGGGUUGGUACGAGUCGUUGGUUUGGAGUUUUGUAUUUGCCAGCGAAAUGCAGGUCGCAAGGGGCACUGUCGGCGUUUGGAAUGGAACGUCAAUCAAGCUAUUUAAGGUGCAGGAAACGGCAGCUCAGGGUCCAACCCUGACAUCGCCCCGGGGAGCGGUGGACGCCGUGGGUAGUAAUAUCGUGUCGAGGAUCGGGUCUAUUAAUCUACGAGGCGGACCCGCAUCUCCGGCUUCUCCUGGAUUACCGCCACAACGUGGCACAUAGUAUGCGUCGUUAGGGCGCUAAAGAGUGAAUUAAUCAAGCAAUGUACGCAGUACAGAGCACAUAUCCAUCAUACUGUACGGUGAUAUGGACCCAAGCGGGUGUUGGUUUAGUCUUGAGUUCGUGUCACUUGUCUGGAAAGGAACUCAAAUGCAUAGCCUGUUUAGUCCUAAGUCGCCGAAAUUGACAGCUCAUUUGUCACGGAUUGUCUUUAUGGUUGUUGAACUGGAAUAGUCUCAUACUAUAAGCUGUAUGUACCCGAGGUCCGGAAGUUGAUCGAGCGUAGGUAUUCAAGGACAGGGGUAGCUACACAA